GGUCAACCGUCCCCAAGGCUAUCCGUGAAAGUACCUUUCAAUAAGAACUAAUUCUUUAUUGAUUGUACCAUAUUUCAUCAGGAAAAAAAACUGUCUAACACAUCUUUUCCUUCCUCAGUGUUUUACCUUUUUUUUUUGAUUUUUUUUUGAAGAAGUAAGUUUCUGGCUUCUGAAGGGAAAAGGGAACAACACCGGUUCUAUACAAUACACAAUCAAGUUUCUUCCACACAGAAUAAUAGGCUAUUCACUAUGAUUGGAAAGUCGACGUUCAUGAAUGAGUUGUCUACUGCUUUGCUCCGCAAACACAAUGCCACGAAGUUGAUGCCUUUUGCCCUAACUUUUCCCCCUAUCCGGACGUCUGCGAAGCAUGGAGGAGGUUCUGCAAAUAAUUCAGGUGAUUCAGCUGGUCGCCGUCUCGGUAUUAAACGUUCAGAGAAUCAAUACGUGAAUGCUGGAGAAAUCAUAGUUAGACAAAGAGGUACAAAGUUUCACCCUGGAGACAAUGCUAAGGUUGGCCGUGACUUUACAAUUUUCGCAAAUGUUUCUGGAUAUGUGAAGUUUUUCCAAAAGCAGAUAUCCCUUCGUCGGACCAGGAAAUAUGUUGGUAUAGUGUUUGAUCGACAGACUACUUUACCUAGACCAGAAGAGGAACCAACAAUUCGAAGAGUAAACAAAUAUAUUACACAAACAACUCCUUCUACUGCUCCUUCUUCUUAGGUCUUCCCUUUCUUGUCAGUAAAAGGUUUGACUUGAUGUCUGUUACUGUAUAACCUUCUUUUCUCCUUUCUCAAACUUCAGGAUUAUUUUCUCUUAUUUUAUUUUUUUUUCCAGAUGUAUUACUAAUACCUUUUUUAUCAAAUCUUGCAUACAUAUAUUCCUACAUUCUUUUCUAU